AUGUCACUUUCCAGGCUUUCUCGAGGAACCCUUUUAUUUUCUCACCUUAACAAACCCAUUCAUGAGGCCCUAUUUGUGCCCAGACACCCGCUUCAAGCUGUAGCACCGAGGUACAAUUUUUAUGGAGCACGUAACUGUAAUACAUAUGGGGAAGAAUUCCGUUUUGAGUGUCGGAGCUAUAUUACAUUGCGUGAAAGUAAUAGAGUGAAAUUGAGGGGUUGUAGUGUGGAGAGGCCAUCUUCUUCUAUUAAUCUCAGUCGGCAAUAUGCUAGUCACGCUUCCAUAGAAAAGAAGUCGAAUAAGAUGCUUUUGUACUUGACGGGAUUGGUUUUUGCAAUGGUAGGAUGUAGUUAUGCUGCAGUUCCUCUAUAUAGGAGGUUUUGCCAGGCUACUGGCUAUGGAGGCACUGUUCAACGUCGAGAGAGCGUUGAAGAAAAGAUAGCUCGCCAUACCAAGGAUGGAACAGUUACGACCAGGGAGAUUGUUGUGCAGUUCAAUGCUGAUGUGGCUGAUGGAAUGCCCUGGAAGUUUGUUCCAACACAGAGAGAGGUAAGAGUCAAGCCAGGAGAGAGCGCCCUUGCAUUUUACACUGCUGAAAAUCGAAGUUCAGCUCCCAUAACUGGUGUAUCUACUUACAACGUUACCCCAAUGAAGGCUGCAGUUUACUUCAACAAAAUACAAUGCUUUUGUUUUGAAGAGCAGCGACUUCUUCCUGGAGAGCAGAUUGACAUGCCUGUCUUCUUUUAUAUAGACCCCGAGUUUGAUAAAGAUCCAAGAAUGGACGGUAUCAACAACUUGAUUCUGUCUUACACAUUUUUCAAGGAGGGAAUUUGA